GUGUAAAAUCGCUCUUCUGCACUCAAGAUAAAACCACUAGAUAAAAUUUUGCUAUAAAUUGGGCAGCCUAUAACGAAUUGUGUUAGUAUUUGCACCAGCUUGGAGCUAGUUCAAGGUUGUCCAAACACAUUAAUUGUCUAUGAAUAGUCAACAAAAUGUUGUUGGUGUUGUUAGCUAUCGCUACCCUUAUUUAUUUCUAUUGGAAAAUAAUCUAUCCUCAUAAGUACUGGACAAGGAAAGGUGUGCCACAAAGUAAACCCGUUUUUUUAUUUGGGGAUAUAUGGCCCAUGAUUAUACGCAAAUACUCAGCGCCUGAAUUAGUCGACGAGUUUUAUAAAAUCGACCAAAAUGCUAGGUAUUGUGGUGUUUACCAAUUUCUUUCACCAGGUCUUAUAUUGAGAGACCCCGAGCUGAUCAAAGAAAUAACAGUUAAAGACUUCGAUCAUUUCGUUGACCGUCGAGUUUUUGUCAAAGAAAACGUUGAUCCUGUUUUUGGACGAAGUUUGUUGUCUCUUGAUGGCGAAAAAUGGCGUAAUAUGAGAGCCGCUGUUAGUCCUGUCUUCACCAGCAGCAAAAUGAAAUACAUGUUUCCGUCAAUAUCACAAUGUGGGGAAGACUUUGCAAAUUACUUUUUAAAACAAAACAAAGAUUUGCUCGAAUUGGAAAUGAAAGAAUCCAUCACGAAAUUCACUAACGAUGUUAUCGCAAACACCGUUUUCGGAUUCACUUGCAACUCUUUGGAAAACCCAAACAACGAAUUUUACAAAAUGGGAGACGAAGUCGGUAACAUGACCUCCAUGAGGACCAGGAUUGUGUUUCUCAUGAACGCCUUGGCGCCAAAAAUACUUUCAUUUUUUAAAAUUUAUCUUUUCUCUCCACGAAUUUACACGUUUUUCCGGCAAGUGGUCAACGAGAAUAUAUCAAGCCGGGAAAAGCACGGAGUCACAAGACCUGACAUGAUUGAUUUGUUAGUCAAAGCGAAAAAUAAUAGCUUGAAAAAUGAAGAAGCGGACGAUUUGCCUGAAGCCGGCUUUACGACAGUUAAAGACACCGAAAACGGGAAGAAAAGUCGAAAAUACCAAAUAACAGACGAAGAUAUAGUUGCCCAAGCCCUUCUUUUCUUCUUCGCCGGUUUCGACAGCGUGGCGGGAGUUAUAAGCUACAUGUGUUACGAAUUAGCGGUUGCACAAGACGCUCAGGAAAAACUGCGACAAGAAGUCGAUGAAACUCGGGAAAAGUGCGGUGGGAAAAUUAGUUACGAGGAAUUGAUGAAGAUGAAAUAUAUGCAUAUGGCUGUUUCAGAAACUUUGCGGAAGUGGCCAACCGCCAUCGCCUCGGAUCGUGUCUGCGUUAAGCCCUACACCAUCCAACCGAAACUUCCAAACGAAAAACCCUUACAUUUGAAAGUGGGUGAUACUGUAAAUAUUCCCAUUUAUGCCAUUCAGAGAGAUCCUCAGUACUUCCCAGAACCAGAUCGGUUUAUUCCGGAACGUUUCAGCGAAGAAAAUAAAUCAAAAAUUGUUCCGUACACCUACAUGUCUUUUGGGACUGGCCCAAGGAGUUGUAUCGGAUACAGAUUUGCUCUCUUGGAAAUGAAAAUUCUAAUGUAUCAUUUGAUCUCAAAUUUUGAAAUAGUUCCAGUUGCCAAAACACAAAUUCCGAUUAGGUUCAACCCCAAAGCUGUAAAUAUGACUGCGGAAAAAGGAUUUUGGGUGGGACUCAAGCGACGUGUAAAAGUCUAGUCUAGAUAAACGAAACUCUUUUCUCGUACUGUAAAUAUAAUUAACUAUUUUUAUACAUAAAUGUAAUUUAUACUCUGUAAUUAUUUAAUUUAAUAAAAAAAUAUUUCCAGUUUA